CACACACCCAUCUUGGCAUAGCAGCUAGUGCCAUUUUGCGGCCUCAUCCAUCGUAUUUGGGCGCCGGCAUCGGUCCACUGAUGGACUAAUGCAUGUAACGUUGUUCUGCGCUGUGGCUGUCAACAAAGGGGUGACUCGACGCCAAAUGGUAAGGUGUCGCUGACUUGAAAUACAAUCAUACUAACGUAAAUAUAAAACAUUUGUACUUGUCUAUCAUCUUGACAUCAUGUCACACAAUACUCAACUUCAAGCCUCUUGCAUCCAGCCACCGCACACAUCAACCAUCAUACCAUGGCCGACCUGCAGAUUGCAUCGAUCCAGUUUGAGAAUGCGUCGGGCGACAAGACGUUCAACCUCGCGGCCAUCCGGCGGCUGACGGCGCAGGCGGCCGAGAGGGGGUGCAAGGUGGUGGCCUUCCACGAGUGCUCCAUCUCGGGCUACACCUUCGCCAGCCGGCUGUCGCGGGACAAGCUGCUGGCGGUGGCCGAGCCGGUGCCCGGCGGCCCCAGCACGGACUCGCUGAUCCGGAUCGCGCGCGACCACGACGUGGCGGUGCUGGCGGGCCUGUUCGAGCGCGACGACGAGAACAACAUCUACAACACGUACGUCUGCGUCGAGCCCCGGCGCGGGUUCGUGGCCAAGUUCCGCAAGCUGCACCCCUUCAUCAGCGCGCACCUGUCGGCGGGCCACGAGUACGUCGUGUUCGAGCUGUUCGGCUGGAAGUGCGGCGUGCUCAUCUGCUACGACAACAACGUGGUCGAGAACGUGCGGGCGACGGCCCUGCUCGGGGCCGAGAUCCUCUUCGCGCCGCACGUCACCAUGUGCACGCCGUCGACGCGGCCCGGCGCCGGGUUCGUCGACCCUGCGCUGUGGCAGAACCGGGCGCGCGACCCGACCACGCUGCGGGCCGAGUUCACGGGCCUGAAGGGCCGCGCGUGGCUGAUGAAGUGGCUCCCCGCGCGGGCGUACGACAGCGGCAUCUACGUCGUCUUCAGCAACCCGGUCGGCAUGGAUGACGACCAGCUCAAGAACGGGUGCGCCAUGGUGCUGGAUCCGUUCGGCGAUGUGCUGGCCGAGUGCACCAACCUCGGUGAGGACAUGGCCGUGGCCCUAUGCACGCGGGAGAAGCUGACGCUUGCGGGCGGGUGGCGGUACCGCAAGGCGAGGAGGCCGGAGCUGUACCGGGACAUUAUCGGGCAGGCGCAUGAGUCGGAGCAGAAGGUGGCGUGGAUGAAAUGAGGAGA